CCAUCUUAAGCUUCAUCGUCAUCUUAAAACUCCCGUCUUCGCAGUCCUGGGGAUCGCAGUACUGCCAGGACGUUCAAUAUGUAGGUAUAAUGGUCUGCUUCUUAUAUUUAUCGCUGAUUUCUCUGAUGGAAACCCGACAUGUCCAUUGACAAGGUUCGACUUUGCGAGAAGUCAUUUUCAGCCUUUCAAAUGGGAGACAUCUGCACGGAACACUCAGGCAAUCAGGACAUCUACCAUCCUCAUUCAUGCCAUAUGCCUUUGUAGGUAGGGUUCUCGAUGGUCUUAUGACAUCCCGUUCCGUGGAAUGUCCCAACUUCUUUCGCCUGCCGGGACAGGGGCAUGCCACCUAUAAAUCUCGAUUAUAACAUAAUGCCACCCGGAUGUUGCUGCCGCCUUUCCAUUUCCCUACUUCUCUACUAUCCGUAUAUCCAAUAGCAUCAGCCCUAUAGCUUAUAGCUAUAUAUCUGGCGCUCCCCACCUAGUGAUCUGAUGUCCCCCAUGCAUUUUUCGAUCUUUCUUCCACUUUUCAUAGCAUGUAAAUACAUCUCAGUGAGAUGCAGCCGGCCUAGAUGAAACAUUUAAUUUAUCCCAUCUUCUUCCCUUUACUCCUCCAAAGAGCUAUAGCUCUCAACUUUACAAUCGCGGGUGGUCAAAUAUUUACGCCAGGUUUCGCCGUCCUCGAUGCACCACAGCCAGGUACCCCUUUAGGUGGAGACACCAUCGAGGUAGCUCUCGACGUAACUGCUAAUGGGAAAUUGCACCUACCUCCCUAUGCCAGCGAUAGUCCUAGUAGGAUCAAUAAUAUUACCAUCUUUCUCUACAGCUAUGUCACGGGAAGAAACUUCACGAUAACGAAUGGGACGGCCUCGACCAAUAAUGUCAGCCUGGGAGAUAUCAUGCAGUCUGAGCCUGGAAGCACAGUCAAACAUGUCAAGUGGAACUGGCCGGAUUGUCUAAUAGGGGAUGGGAAACCAACUAGUGCGGACAGUGAUCGUGGGGCUUACAAUAUAUCCAUUCGACAAAACUUCCGUCUAAACGGCGGGGACCAUUACACCAUAUUUGAUGUUCCCAUCUCUGUUACGAACAAGAUAGAUUUCACUGGCAACAACCCACCUUGUGACCCGCUCAAUAACCCUCUUCUAACGCCCGAAGAAAUCGACGCAGAUGCUGCUAACACCGUCGGUAUUCUAUUCGCACCAGGAGAUUCGACAGUUGUUCAGCAACCUGACUCUGAUGAUGAUCAAGACGGGAUUGGGCCUGAGAAGCCGGGAGCAAGCCCUGGCGAUGGCCUUGGGAGCGGUGCCAGUACAUUCCACAGGGCACUAGCAGCACAUUGGAUUCCAUUAUUAUCUGCCCUUUACUUCUUCAUUUGAUAGUAUCGUACAUUAGCCCAGAUUUAAUACAAUUGUUAUCCCA